AUGCUUCAAUCAUCUUCCACAGCUGUUUCACCUACAGCAGAUGUUUACUCUGAUAAAAUCGUUCAAGCACCAAGGCAUUUAAAAUCUCAAAGUGUUAUUUACAAAAAAAACAAGAUUACAUCAUCUUCUACGGCUGUUUCCCCUACGUCAAAAUAUGCAGAUGUGUCAAUAUCAGUACCUAUUAAUGCUUGUCAUGAUAAAACCGAUUCAAAUGUAGGACCUAUAACAUCAAUCAGUAUGGAACCUAUUACCACUUUUCCAGACCAAGGUAUGGCUAAGAAGUAUAAUCCAAAUAAAUUUAACUGCAGGCCAUCGCACGCACGAUUUUUCAUAAUCAAAUCUUUUAAAGAGGAUAUUAUUUAUAAAUCAAUAAAAUAUGGAACUUGGGGCAGCACAGAAAUGGGUAAUCGUCGUUUGGAUAAAGCAUUUCGUGAUAAUGCAGGGAAAGGCCCAAUUUAUUUGUUUUUUAAUGUCAACUCUAGCGGAUAUUACAACGGUAUGGCAGAGAUGCUUACUCCAGUGGAUUAUACAACAUAUUUUAGUGCUUGGACGCAAGAUAGAUGGAAGGGUGUAUUUAAAGUUAAAUGGAUUUUCGUUAAAGAUAUUCCCAACAAGGAAGUGAGGCAUAUUAAUGUAACGAACAAUGAGAAUAAACCCGUAACACAUAGUCGGGAUACUCAGGAGCUGUUGCCUGAAGCUGGACGCGAAAUGUUAAACAUAUUUCUCAAUUAUCGUAACGAAACAUCGAUACUCGACGAUUCCAAGUUUUAUGAAAAAACGUCAUGCCGGAACAAAAAAGGGUGA